AUGGGGGACGCGUGCAGGGAGCGCACAGCUAGGCUGCUGACGGACUACGUGGAGUACUGCGCCAGCGAGCCCGGCACCCCCGUGCGGGCGCCGUCCACGCCCGAGGCCGCCGUGCUGCCCGUGGCCGCCUGGAAACAGAAGACCAACCUGCACUUCUUGUCGCAAUACCGCGGCUUCCGCGGGAACCGCGUCGAGCUGGUGGCCUGGAUGGCGCAGGAGCUAGUCGCCAACAACCGUGGCGGCCCCAGCUGGGGCCGCGUGGCAGCGCUCGUGACCUUCGCGGGGACGCUGCUGGAGAGGCCGCCGCGGGGGGCCCUUAGGCGGAAGAAGACGGAGAAUGAAGACGUUAGCAGAGACUGCCUUCCUGUGGCCUUGCUGUGUGCUCAGCUCUCCGGACGGCACCGCGCCUGACUGAUGGCGAACGGCGGCUGGGUGAGCGCGGCGGGCGUGGGGACCCGGGGCGGGUGGGCAGCCCGCGACGCGCCCACGCGGCCGGCGCCCGGAGGGACCCUGCGGCGACAGCCCCGUGGGGCGUUCGUUUCAGCAGGCCUGGGACAUUCGUGGUGA